AUGCCCGAUACAAAGAAAGAAGGCGCCUAUGGUGGCGCGCCAUCAGGCGACACCGAUUUCCGUAAGACAUGGGAUCUCGAAGAAUAUGCCGCCAAAGGCAAGGAACGCGAAGCAAAGGAGAAGGAAGAGGCCAAGGCGCGUUACGAAGCCAAGCUCGCUGGCAAGAAAUACCACAAGCCUCUGACUGGCGACGAAACAUACACAUCCGCAAGACGCCAUGUGAUAGAUUUUACACAGCAGAUCGGAAAGACGCAGCUUGUCCCAGGUGGAGCAGGCGUGGGAAAGCGAGGUCGUGGAGCUGGACAAUACUGUGAGGCUUGCGACCUCACGUUUAAGGACAACAAACAAUUUAUCGAGCACAUUACUACACCGCAACAUUUAAUGAACACGGGCCAAACGAUGAACGUCAAGCGUGCGACGGCAGAGGAGGUUCACGAACGUAUCGAGAUACACAUUAGAAGACAAGAGGAACUGGAGAAGGAGAAGCAGACCAGUCUGCAGGAGCGAUUGCAAUUGCGGGAAGAAGAGGCCGAAAAGGAAGCAGAGGAGAGACGACAGAAGAGAAGAGAUGAGAUGGAGAGGAAGAGGUUUAAGCAGGAGGAGGCAAGCAAGGUGAAGACAGAAUAUGGAGAAGAUGUGCGAAUUGAAGGCGAGCAUGACGAGGACGACAUGAUGGCUUCGAUGGGCUUUACUGGGUUCGGAACGUCGAAGAAGUGA